AUGGCCUCCUCUCGCGCAGCCUCGCCCGAUGCCGAGUCGGCUCUUCCCUUUGCCUCUGAGCCCUCGAUCUCUCCGGAGGCUGCGGCGUUGGCCGCUGCAGAGCGCCGUCGCGUGAACCCGGAGAGCCUUGCAGCGCGCCUGGGUCCCGAGGUCGUUGCCGAGUUAGAGCGCCAUAUUGAGCCUGGCAGCAUCGAGAUGCCCUCAUUCAGUGUUCGACGUAAGGUUCAAGUCGACUUUAACGUCGAUCGCCGCCACAUCUACGACUUCUACCACAGCCGAGGGCUGCGCUGCCUCAAGAACGAGCGCUCCACUCGGGCGAAGAAGAGGGAGAUCGAUACCGUCAUCAUCGAAGACCCGCCGACUUCCCGCUCAAGAUCUUCGCGCGGCCUCCCUAUCCCCGACUAUAGCGAACCAAGACGUCGGCGACGUGCCGCACCCUACGAUAUCCCACCAUCACCGAAAAUAAUGCGCAAGCCUCGCAAGUCUAGCUCGGUUCCCGAUCCAGCUCCUAUGGCUUCUUCAUGUACUGAGCUUUCGAACUCUCCUCCUUCCUCAUACGCGCCCACACCGGAGCCUUCUGGCGGACACCUCCCUUCUGCAACGCCUGUCGACGUUCUUAUGUCUGCACCGCCGUCUCCUCUAGGCCUGCCAGAAGCACCUCCUCCGUCACCAUCGCUGUCCAGCACUGGCUCUAGCUCGAGUACGGAUUCCUUCGAAAGCUUGGCCUCCAUGGAACACUAUCUGGCCUCUCUUGAACCCGUUGACUUCAAUAUUAUCGUGUCCACUGCCGACACCGACAAUGAAUCGUCGGGCGAACAACCUGCAGAUCCGGGUGUUGUGCCUCCAUCACCCUUCAGUCUACUCUCGCCUCAAGAAAAGCAGCAGCCCUACUCGUGGCUCAGCAACGUUCUCGGCCCCGCCAACGGCAUACAAGAAUGCGUGGGCUCGUAUAAACAAUACAUGGACCAGCAGCGCGACGCCUACUACUCCCCUCUCGUCGACAACGAUCUUCGCCCGCUCAAGGCUCGCGUUCACUCCGUGGGCCCCACUUCUGCGGCCUCGCUCUCCUCCGGUAAACCUGCCCUUACGUCCACGGAAGCUACACUGCGUGCUGUAUCGCGCACGAUGCGCGCAUCGGCGAGGACCUCGCUUGCGACGUCCGGUUUGCAUCAGCCACGGCCAACGCCCAUCUCACGCCCGAGCACAACUAAGCCAAGUACAGAGAACGUCCCCUGGCCUGCGGUGCGCGCGCCAGUCCCUGUCGUCGCGCGCCCCUUGAGCGCGUCGUUCCUUCAGCCACUUCGGGCCUCUACAUCCUUCAAUAUGGCCAGUCGGAGGCAUGGCGCUCAGCAUUCUGCCAACUCGGCGGAGAGACUUCAAAAUGGCGCUUCCAAUUCUAUCCGGCGCCAGGACCCUGCAAUAACGCCGUCCGCAACCUACACCUGGUCUCACGGCAUCGCAGGCCACAGCAUGUGA